AUUCUAUUUUAUUAACAAUCUGGUAAUUGGAUUCAUGGGUCGAUUUGAGAAAGGAUUGGCCCUGAAAUUUCAAGGUAUUUCACCUCAGUGGCUGACAGCGCAAGUUAACUUAACUUAACUUAACCAACAGUGAUUGCGGACGACCUCACGGGGAGCUCAGCUGGCUGUGCCUGCAUGCACAAGAGAGAGAGUCUAACUCACUCCAAAAGAGACAGAGAUAGGUAGGAGUUAUGUCUGCACGCCAAGAUCUGCAUGCCAAAACCAGGGGUUGCAAAUCUCAGUAACAUGUGUAAACAUGCUGAUCAGCAACAGCAAAUUCUGUUCUGCAGGUUCUGUUUCAGAUGAAGCCCCAUUAAAAUGCGAAUGCUAAGAAAUCCAAGCUUUCACUAUUUACUUUGGGUUUUUUAUCGUUACCUGUUGUCGAGUAACUAUGUAACUAUGGUGAGUAAACUGUCCCGCUGUAUCCAUCAUCAGAUGACAAUAAAUGUCCAUGAAUGUAAUUUCUGGCCACAAUGAGGGUUCGUCAACCCACGAUCCCGUCACCGGGCUUCAGACGUACGGAUCCGGUAAGAUGUGUCUCACGUUUUCUUAACUGUGGGCUUAACUGGUAGAGUUUGAGCAUAAUCUGAUGAUUGAAGGGAUCCCACGGUAAAGUAGUUCACGUUGUUGUCUGCCAUUGCUUUUUGCCUACUGGAGCUAAGUUUCAUGUGACUUGUGCUGUCUUUUUUGUAGACACCCAACGUCUCUAUAGGUUCAAAUCUAAAUGAGACCUUUCCUCAGAGUACUUUGAAGCACACGGACAAUGAGAAAAACCCUAACCCACUAAUAGAGUGUGACUAGUCGGCAGAUGACAGGAUAGAAACUCCCUGACUAGAGAGAAUUGCGGUCCAUCACUCUCACCCCCAGUCAGUUGCUGAUAAGAUGCAACCUGUCAUGGUGCAGAGGAAGGUCCCAAAGAGCCAAAUACUGUCAGAUGUGUGAAAAAAACUCAUAAUUAUAGACCAUGUUAGAAAAAUCACAGACAGGACAAAACAUAAACCAUGACAUCACUUCCCCCUCAAGGGCUGAGGGGGGCCUGGAGUGGGCCAGUGGUGUCUUCUUCUGGAGGUCAGCCAUAGGGGUGGCUUCUGUACCACAGAGGAACCUCAGACGGUGGAUGAGGUGGAUCGCUGGCGUUGUCAUCCAGAGGUCAGCCAAAAGGGAGACCUCCACGCCACAGAGCUCCAUCAGAAAAGGUGAGGUAAGAUGGGCAGUCGACGCUACCAUGGCUCCCUGUAGAGAAGGACGUCUUCACACGAGGCUGCCUUGGGGGAGAAGUGAGGUGGAUCAUUGCCGCUGCCAUGGUCCUGGGCACCCUUGGAGAGACUGAGCGGUGGGCCCUAGCCAUUGCUGUGCUUCUGGACUCCCUCAGAGAUGUUGAGAGAGACAUUUACAGAAACGGCACUGGCAGGGACGGGACUGGUGAGGACGGGCCUGGCGGGAGCACCCAGGAAAGGGGACAAUGAAUGUGGUGCUUGCAGAGCUGGUCCUGAAGCUGGAUGUCCCUUGAUACUAGAGCAUUCAAACUCAGUCCUUUAUCCCAGACUGCUGGCUCAUCCUGGAGAUCCUCUGCCAGCCCCCAUGAGAACACCGCUUUGAGAGCACACUCGUCCCACUCGCUCUCCACCAUCACCCCAAGAAACUCCCCCGUAAAGUCUGUCACUGACCUUGAGAUCCCUGACACGGACAUGGGUCUGUGAAGGCGGUGGCUGUGCAGGAAUGCUGAGCAGGAGCCAGGAGCCUGUGCCAGUUUUCGAAAAGAUUGGAGUAAUAAUGGAGUUAAAAUCAACUUUUGAACUAUUCCAGAUGAAUCCACCAAAGAUCUUAUUGGUGUGCUUUUGUGUAAUGAAAAUUAUCUACUGCUUCUCCCUUUCGGGGUCGUGGGUGGCUGGAGCUGAUCCCAGCUGCUGUGGGCAAAGGCAGGGUAUGCCCUGGAGAGGUUGCCAGGCUGACAUAUAUACAAUCAUUCACACACACAUUCAUACCUAAAGGCAAUUUAGGGUGACCAAUUAACCUGGCAUGCAUGUUUUUGGGCCAUGUGAGGAAGCUGGAGUACCCAGAGAGAACAUGCGAACACCACACAGAAAGGCCUGAGCCGCAGGCGGUAUUUGAACCCAGGACCUUCUUGCUGUGAGGCACAAGCACCACAGUGUGGCCUUUAAUAAAAAUUAUAUCUUGCCUAUUAACAUACUGUUUAGGUUGUGAUUGCAAAUUCAUGAUCUGGAUUAUUUUAUAUGGAGGUCUUUUGUAUUUAUGAACCUCAAAAGUAAUCAAAAGCAUGAAGAGCCAUGGUGCUUCCAAUCAUUAGGGAGAGAAAGAACCCUAAAAAUAUUUUGCUGUCAUCUAACUAUUGCACUUCAUACAUUUUCUUCAAGUGUUUUUCACAACUUUUAGAGACAAAAAAAAAAAAAACAACUUAAAUCAACUCACAUAAAAUGCAGAUUAUUAAAACUGAACAAAAGCAAUAAAGGGUUACACUGCUGAAGACACACAGCAUCUCCAGGCGACUCGAUUCAGUCUGACAGGAACACAUACCAUCACGUGACCCAGAAGAUGACCUUUGUUCACAAUAAGUUAGGGUUGACCUGGAUUUUUUUUUUUUUUUUCUGAAAGUACCGAGUACAGAGAAAAAUGCUCAACAGUUGGCCAAAACCUUCUUUCCACUUUCCCUUUAAAAGAACUAAUUGUGAAACUCAUCACGUAUGAAUGAGCUGGUGGGUCCUCCCCGCUGUCAAGUACCCCACUGCUCCCCUCUUUUGUGUGUGUGUGUGUGUGUGUGUGUGUGUGUGUGUGUGUGUGUGUGUGUGUGUGUGUGUGUGUGUGUGCGUGCGUGCAUGCGUGUGCGUGUGCGUGUGAGUUUGAGGAAGAGAGAAAGAGAGAGAGAGGAAGAGGGAGAGAGCAAGGGAGAGAGAGAUUGUAUAUGUUAGGAAAAAAGGUCUUUUUAGUGUGGUGGACUUUGACUCCUCUUGUCUACAACCAGUCUAGGUUAUUUCCUGCUGUGAAAAAAAUGGCUCAUCGUCUUUUUGAGGGAAAGGAGCAUGCCGCUUCUUACUGGAAGUACAGGAUCUCGCCUUCAGAUCAGCUGAUGCAACAAGUGUUUGACUUUCUGGAGAAGCAGAGUGCUCCUCCCUACGAGCUGGCUGUGGACGUGGGCUGCGGAUCGGGACAGGGAACACUCCGCCUGGCUAAACACUUUGCCUCUGUGCUGGGUACAGAUGUGAGUCCUGCACAGCUGGAAAUGGCCUUGCAGCAUGCCACGCAGCCAAACAUCACGUACAAGCAGUGUGUGGCCGAGGAGCUGCCGCUCGCUGACAGCUCGGUGGACCUCUUGACGGCCAUGUCUGCCUUCCACUGGUUUGACAGGCCACGGUUUCUCCAGGAAGCCCACAGGGUGCUGAAGCCCCGCGGCUGCCUGGCUCUGCUCAACUACACCAUCGACAUGGAGCUCAGCUAUCAGGACUGCUGCUCAGACACCCUGAACCAAAUCUGCAAAGAGUUUUACACUGCGCUGCAACCAUACCGCAGCUCCCACCUCGGGCAGACCUCCAUCAACUUCUACCGGGAGACGUUCCACUCUCUUCCCUACCCUGAUAAGGAAUGGCAGGAGUGUGUGUGGGACAGGAGGACCAUGCCUCUGUCCAGCUACAUCGGCUUUGUGCAGUCUUUCUCCAGUUACCAGGCUCUGCUCAGAGAAGACCCCCAGAAAGCUGCUGCUCUCUCAAAGGACAUCUGUCAAAGGCUGAUGUCUGUGAUGCAAGUGUCCUCUGCUGACACUGAGGUUGUGGUGGCUGUCAAGUAUUUCUACCUUCUGGCCUGCAAACCUCAGGAGACCUGACUCUUCACAGCUCUCCAUGACAAUUUACAUCCAUUUAUAAUAACAUUUGCUGAGAAUGCUCAAAGCUAAAAUAAACAAAUGGUCAAAUAUCAAACCAAUGGAUACGAACACGAGCCACAGUGGGCUUAUUUUGAGAUUUAUCUGAAGAUACGUCCAGAUUGGUGUUGUGUAGCGGGCUGAACGUACUCCUGACAUUAUUGUGGCUGUAAUCUGCAGCAUCAGAGAAACAAAAAGAUGUAAAGGUUCAAAGGACAUCUGCUGUACACUAAUGAAGUUCUGCUGCAAGGAGGCAGCACUUCACAGGAGAGGAAUAUUCUCUGUGUGCAGCCUGUUUCCAUGUUUUAAUUUCUCAAUGGAGCCACGCCUCAGUGUUUAAAGUCCUUUAAAGAACAUCUUUGUGAAUUGGGUUAAACAUCAACAAAAGAGAUAUAUGUAUUUAAGAUUAAUAUAAAAGUAAUAUUAGCCUUUGCCCACUGCGACUGAGAUUCAUGAGGCAGGACAAAAUUAAACAGCCCUCAAAAAAGGAAAACUCUUAAAAGUGAUAAUUUGAUUUUGAAGGGUUUAAAAUAAUGAAAGAUCAAGAGUGGUUUUAGUGUUGCACAGACUCCUGCUGCUGGGAGUCGCUCCUCACAUGAGUCACAUUUGUGUUUGUUAUGUUGUAAUUGAUGAAUAGGAUGUUUUUAACAUGUUGAUACUUUAAUCAAUCCAACGCAGAGCUCAAACUGCAACGUUUACUCUCACAGUGACAGAGAAAUAUUCUCACAAUUCAGAUUAUCACAUUUAAUUUACUUGACAUGAACAGGCCUUAUAUUGUGUCUUUACAUGCUUGAAAAGCAUCAACAAAAACUUAAUUACAUUCGAAAUACGUUUGUGUGUGUGUGUGUGUGUGUGUGUGUGUGUGUGUGUGUGUGUGUGUGUGUGUGUGUGUGUAUAUACAUACAUGUCUUACUUGCUAUGUACUUUUUUUGUUUAUUAUACUUUAUGACUGAAAUAAAAUAGAUAAAAUCUAAAAAAAAUCAUUAAGUGAGAAAACUGAUUCUCAGCAAGUUGGAUUCUACUUCAAAGAUAUUUAACUGUCAUGGAAAGUUUUUUUCUGUCUUGUUGUCUGUUUUCUGUUUUAUUUUUGAAGUCCCGCUGGUUUCAGGCUCCCUGUCCUGAUGUCUUUCACCUGUACCUCAGUGGGUGAUUUGUCGUCACGUGGUGACAGCAGGUCUUCUUUUGCAUGGUCAUUUUAAGACGUCCUGUCUUUUCCUGCAUUAUAGAGCAUUGUGGAGUUUAGAAAUGGCUUUGUUCAGUCUGCAGUCGAUGGGACUGCUGGUCCUGAAGGCGUUCCUGCUGUUGACGAGGACGUCGUGGAGGAGGCGGAGAGACGUUGUUCAGGAUGGACCUCAGGUUGGAGUGGAUCCUCCUCUCUGAGGCCACCUGCACACCUCCACCCCAUCACCGACCUCUCCGAUGAGUUUGCUGAGCCUGUUGGUGUCAGACACCCCCAGCCUGCUGCCCCAGCAUGCAACAGCAAAGAGGAUCGUGCUCGCCACCACACACUCAUAAUACACCUUCAGCAUAGUGUGACAGAUGUUGAAGGACCUCAGAAAAUAAAGACAACCUUGGUUCUUCCUGGAAAGCACUUCAAUGUUCUGAAGCCAGUCCAGUUUGUUGGCACUUCGCACCAUGUUGCUUUUACAACACAGAUGAUCAGAGCAAUCAGAAGAUUAAAGUAUUGUUUAAAUGAUCAAUGAUUAACUUGAAUUUCAAUAACAGAAGGAUGAUUCUCCUGAAGCUCUAAUAAAC